GAGGGUUCUGUGGAUGCUCCGAGAGGCGGAGAAGCAUGCAGUAAUAUUUGGAGGAUUACUACUAUUUCUCUCGCAUUUGGACCUUCCUCCCGUUCUGUUUCUUCGUUUUGUGUGUCGAUUCCUCCCAGAGAACGAGCAACCAGAAUUCAAGAUGGGGUCUGCUGCAAGCCCCGCGGAAGCUGUUGCAAGAAUUGCAUAUCUUGCCAGCGAUGUCAUUCUUUCUGUCCAGCCGUCGCUGAGCACCGACUCCGAGUUUUCCCACCACUUUGCUCGAUUUACUGCAAACCAGGCAAAGAGCUUCGUCUCGAAGGCGCUUCCUGAGAUCAUCCCAGUCCGCCAAAAUGCAGACCCUCUACUCUCGGCGUAUACCCCUCUACAGGCUGGCAAGCUGGUCGCAGUCACCGCUCCUUCCUCCAUACUCCUGACCUCGAUUCCUCAUCUCUAUAAGCUUGCUCAAUAUCCUGUGGUCCUUCAUGUGGCGCUGGCAACCCAACAGGCAGACUUCUCCGAAAUCAGCUCCAUCCGACAAUGUGGGUUCACUUUUUUGCAGUCAGAGACGCUACAAGAGGCGCAAGACAUUGCUCUGACUGCCCAUGCUUUGGCGAUCAAGAGUGGCAAGGGUGUCAUACAUUUCUACGAUCCCAGCAACUCUCUUCAGGACAAUCCUAUACCAGUUGAAAGUCGGGAAUUGGUCAGUACACUGUUGGAGACUGGCGUUGGACUGCGGGCCUCGCAUGCCGCCUCAGAUGAACAGACGCUGUAUGCCAGCACUGGGAGGACGGCAACAGUGACAGACCUAGGUCUGCCAGAUGUUCCGUCGCGGCAGACAGUUCCCGCCGCUUCGAGAGAUUUGCUAUCACCCGCAGCACCAGCCUCUUCGACAAACGGUACAACUGAUGUGUCCUCCUCGCCCUCGUCGAGAAGGGACAGCUCUUCCGAAAGCAUUGCACCAUCUUCUCUAGCUACCACCAUCGAGACUCCCAUUACUCGUCCUGUCAGCGCCACCGAUAUAUUCACCUACGUUAGCGAUAUUUGGGCUGUCAUCUCGCAAGCCACCGGUCGAAGCUACUCUGCGAUCGAAUACUCUGGACCGCCCGAUGCGGAAGACGCUCUUUUUAUAUUUGGCUCGACCGGCGUCUUCGUCGACGUCCUCGAUUCCGAUGAUGUACCAGUGGAUUUGACGAAUGUGGGUCUCAUCACAGCUCGACUAUAUCGACCGUGGCUAGGUAGUGCAGUACUUUUGGAUUCCAUCCCAAGAUCAAUCAAGAAAAUUGCUGUCUUGGAACAGAUCAAGAGGAAGACUACCAAGUGGGGUCCUACUUUCCUUGAUUUACUGGCCAGCUUGAGCCCUGGUGCUGGAGGUCAAAGCCAUAUUUCCUUGGUGCAAUACCGGCUAGGCCAGAUUGAUGCUGCGACGGCAUUGCAAGCCCUACGAGGCAUCUUCCAAAAUCUUGCUCCUCCGGCUACGCCCCGAAAACACUCUCGCCGGCGUGGUCGCUCCUCCCAGGUGACGAUGGUCUCAAUCCAGAAUCUGACCAUUGGGAAUGAGCUCGAGCCUACCGUCGACGAUUUUAUUCCCCAGCAGCCCCAGCUCGAGAACGCGUACCUCAAGAUCCUCGAUCAACUUUUCAGCAACAGACUAUAUAUUGCCAACCAGCUCAAGCAAAAGAAUGCAGGUGUAUCUGCCACUUUAGCCGCGUCUCCUGAGUACGGAUUCGGAUCUCUCCUUGCACGGAUUGAACGACGUCAGCACUUUGUCAAGGAGGCCGAAGAGGCUGCACGAAGCAAUGAGUUCAUCACUGAGUCGCCAAAGCAGUGGUUGUCUAGAUGGGCAUUAAAUGCUAAUGAUGCUUCAAAGGCAAAUGAAUAUGCAUCCGAAGUCCUUGCCCGCUUGGCUAAUGACGGGUCUGGGCUCUCGAAUAGGUUGCUCGACAAUAAGGCUCUCUUCUUCAAGGAGUCUCAAUGGCUGAUUGGGUCCGACGCAUGGGCUUAUGAUCUGGGCAACUCAGGAGUGCACCAUGUCCUGUCAUCGGGCGCCAACGUCAACAUGCUCAUCAUUGACUCUGAACCAUAUUCGGAAAGAGCUCAAGCAGACUCGAUGAGACGCAAGAAGGACAUCGGACUUUAUGCCAUGAACUUCGGCAAUGCUUACGUGGCGUCAGUGGCUGUCUACAGCUCUUACACCCAAGUUCUGCAAGCCAUGAUCGAAGCAGAAAAGUUCAAUGGUCCCUCCGUCGUCCUUGCUUAUCUUCCAUACAAUAAGGAGAACGAUUCGCCAUUGACCGUCUUGCAAGAGACCAAGAAGGCAGUGGAUAUGGGCUACUGGCCGUUGUACAGAUGGGACCCCUCCAACGAAGACAAGGGAGAGCCAACUUUCUCCUUGGACUCUGAGCGCAUCAAGCGAGAGCUGGAGGAGUUCCUACGCCGAGAUAACCAGCUGACCCAGGUCAUGAACCGACAUCCGCAGUUUGCUGCCAACCUUUCAGAGUCUUAUGGAUCCGAGGUGCGCAAGCUACAAAAGCGCAAAGCCAAGGACGCUUAUGAACAGAUGCUGGAGGGUCUCUACGGAGCACCACUGACAAUCCUCUUCGCGUCGGACAAUGGCAAUGCGGAAAGUCUGUCCAAGAGACUGGGCAACCGUGGUAAGGCCCGCGGUUUGAAGACCAUGGUGUUCGCCAUGGAUGAUUAUCCUCUGGAGGAUCUCCCCACCGAGGAGAAUGUGGUCAUGAUCACCAGUACUGCUGGUCAAGGAGAGUUUCCCCAGAAUGGCCGCGCUUUCUGGGAGGGCAUCAAGGACGCAGCAGAUUUGGACCUGUCCAACGUUCACUAUUCGGUCUUCGCUCUGGGUGACAGUCAUUACUGGCCUAGAAAGGAGGACAGAAUCUUUUACAAUAAGCCAGGCAAAGAUCUUGACGCACGAGUCCAGUUUCUGGGUGGCAAGUCACUGACUGCUAUCGGUCUCGGUGACGAUCAAGAUCCUGAUGGCUAUCAAACUGGGUAUCAGGAAUGGGAAGCGAGACUCUGGCAAGCUCUCGAUGUUGCUAACGUCGAAGGUCUUCCCGAGGAACCGGCGCCAUUGACAAACGAAGACAUCAAGAUUGCUUCAAACUAUCUUCGAGGCACCAUCAUGGAGGGUUUGGAGGACAACUCGACAGGGGCUAUAUCUGCCCCAGAUCAGCAACUUACCAAGUUCCAUGGCACUUACAUGCAAGAUGACCGUGAUUUGCGAGACGAGCGCAAAGCCCAAGGUCUGGAGCCUGCAUACUCAUUUAUGAUCAGAUGUCGACUUCCCGGCGGUGUCGCCACGCCCUCACAGUGGCUGCAAAUGGACGCGAUUGCUUCCGCCCACGGAAACGAGACCAUGAAACUGACCACCCGGCAAACAUUCCAAUUCCACGGUGUCAUCAAGUCGAAGCUGCGGCCUGCCAUGCGAGCAAUCAAUAAGGCUCUAAUGACCACCAUAGCUGCAUGUGGCGACGUCAACAGAAAUGUCAUGUGCUCCAGCUUGCCCACAAUGUCAGAAUAUCACCGAGAAGUACACGCUGUGUCGAAGAAAAUCUCUGACCAUCUCCUGCCCUCUACGACCGCCUACCACGAGAUCUGGCUCAAGGACAACGAGACCGGCGAAAAGACCCAAGUGGCUGGCGACGCUGUGCAAGACUACGAACCGCUUUACGGCCCAACGUACUUGCCCCGCAAGUUCAAGAUCACCAUCGCCAUCCCCCCACACAACGACACAGACGUGUAUGCGCACGACGUAGGACUCAUCGCAAUCAGGUCAAAGGACAACGCGCAUCUUGAGGGCUUCAACAUCCUCGCUGGUGGCGGCAUGGGUGUUACGCACAACAACAAGAAGACAUACCCUCGCACAGGCUAUAUGAUGGGCUUCGUCCCUGCGGACAAGGCGCAUUUGGUCUGUGAGAAGAUCAUGUUGGUUCAGCGCGAUCACGGCGACCGUAAGAACCGCAAGCACGCCCGUCUGAAGUACACCAUGGACGACAUGGGCAAUGAAGUGUUCAAGGCCAAGGUCCAAGAGCUCCUUGAUCCCCUCAACAUCAAAUUCGACACUCCCCGGCCGUUCAAGUUCGCCAGCAACAUUGACACGUUCGGCUGGCAGAAGGACGAGAAGGGCUUGAACCAUUUCACCUUCUUCAUCGAGAACGGUCGUAUCGAAGAUACUGCCGACUUCCCCAUGCGUUCUGGACUUGUCGAGAUCGCAAAGGUGCACGAAGGCGAGUUUAGACUGACAGGCAAUCAGCAUCUCAUCCUGUCCAAUGUGACGGACGAAGCCAAACCCAAACUCGUCGAGCUGAUGAAGAAAUACAAGCUGGACAACACGCAGUUCUCGGGCAUGAGACUGAGCAGUUCCGCGUGUGUGGCGUUCCCGACCUGUGGUCUCGCCAUGGCCGAGAGUGAGCGGUACCUGCCGGAGCUGAUCACCAAGCUCGAGGGGUGUCUCGAAGAGAACGGCCUGUCGCAGGAUAGCAUCGUCAUGCGCAUGACGGGUUGUCCGAACGGGUGUGCUAGACCCUGGCUUGCCGAGGCCGCGUUCGUGGGUAAAGCCUACGGCGCGUAUAACAUGUACCUCGGUGGUGGGUACCAUGGGCAGAGGCUGAACAAGUUGUACAGGAGCAGUAUCAAGGAAGAUGAGAUCCUGGAGAUCAUGAGAGGUCUGUUGGGACGGUAUGCCAAAGAAAGAAACCAAGGUGAACGGUUUGGGGACUGGACCAUUCGGGCGGGUGUGAUCAAUGAGACGACCGAAGGGAAGUAUUUCCAUGAUAACACGGCCGAGGUGGAGAGUGAGGAAGAGUGAGGUUGACUUGUUGUCGCGUCGUUUUGAUUGCUGCUGGGUGGGACUGUCAAAGAUUGAAGGCGGCUUGCAUUGUAUGAUUGGAUGUUCCAAAAAUUUGCUACUGUAGUCUCUUGCAUUGCGUGGUUGUCUAUUUGUAGUCGAUGAAGAAUCAAAUCAUACAUGUUGAAGAUGA